AUGAAGUGGAUAAUUUGUAAAAAUUCAUUGAAAGCACUAAUACCAGUGGUUCUAAUGGUGUUUUGUCAGAUUGGAUAUGCUGCUGUGAAUAUAAUGUACAAGCUGGCCAUAAAUGAUGGGAUGAGCAUGAGGGUAGCCGCCGCCUACCGCCUAUGUUUUGCGGCGGCUUUCACUAUUCCGCUUGCUAUUAUCUUUGAUAGGAAGGAGAGACCAAAGAUUACUUGGAAGGUUCUUUACAUGGCAUUUCUUUGUGGAUUGUUUGGUGGAAGUUUACUUCUAAACCUUUAUGGCUUGGGACUGACUUUAACUUCAGCAACGUUUAUGUUAUCUAUGCUCAACCUUGUUCCAGGAGUUACCUUCAUCAUGGCCAUAUCCUUUGGAUUAGAAAAGCUAAAUUGGAGAUUAGCAGAGGGAAAGGCCAAAGUAAUAGGAACAAUAAUUAGCAUUGGCGGGGCAAUGCUAAUGAUAUUUUACAAAGGAGUAGAAAUUAAUAUUUGGAAUUCCAAUAUAAACCUGAUGCAUCCACUUUAUGACAAAAAUGGGAUUAUGGAACCAAUACCUGUCAACUUUAGUAGUAAACUAUUGGGUGUUCCAUGUGGCAUAGGAAGUUGUUGCUCUUUUUCUUUGUGGUUAAUUAUCCAGACUAGGUUGAAUGAAGAAUAUCCAAGCCAUCAUUCAAGCACAGCUUUGAUGUCCACAAUGGGAGCAAUACAAGCCACUGUUCUUGCUCUUUGUUUUGAUAGAGAAUGGAGCCAAUGGAAGCUUGAUUACAAUAUCAGACUUCUCACUAUUGUUUAUUCGGGGGUUAUAGCUUCUGGAUUACUCAUUGUUGUUAUUGCUUGGUGCAUAAAGAUAAAAGGUCCUUUAUUUGCAUCGAUUUUCAAUCCUCUUCAGCUUUUACUUGUGGCUAUCUCUGCCUAUUUGUUGUUGGAUGAGAAAUUAUAUUUAGGAAGUGUCUUUGGAGCAGUGUUGAUCGUAUGCGGCAUAUAUGCAGUGCUUUGGAGUAAGAGUAGAGAAAUGGAAAAUAAGAAAAAGUUAUUACCAUUAGAAACCAAUAUUAAUUCUGAAGAAGUAGAGUUUGUUAUGCCCAAUUCAUACAAGUGA